GGACAGGGGCCGGCCUUCGCUCAAAGAGUGUUAGCGGUUUCAUUGUGUCAACUCGUGCAGCUGCUUCUCUCCUUUCGGUCGUGUCACAGCAGAUGCCUCACCUCGAGCCAUUCCCUUCUCGGCUUUUCCGCCAUGGACUGAGCACUCUCCAGGCGUCCCAAACAUGGCUGCGCCCCCCCAGCAGAAAGAUGUCUUGUCUCAAGCUCACCUUGUCACCCUUGCCUCGACAAGAGAGGCACCUCCCCGAAGCUCCCCCAUCGUGUCAGGCCAGGGGUAUCUUCCAGCCAGCAACGAUCUCCUUGCUUACGGCGCAGCACAAUCUUGCAUCGGAGCACAUGGCUCUUCAUGGAUCCUCCCUUCCCUUCGCUUCCCACACGGGCUUCGCUCUCACCCCUGAUGGGCAGGGCUCUGUGAUUCUCUGAAAACCCACUCGGGCCCGGCCUAGACAGCUUGGAAGGGCUUCUCGACCCGGCCUACACAGACCUUAACUGUAAUAAUAAUAUACCGGUACUCUCUUCACGCCCUCUGUGGUCUUCCAGUCGGUUGGGACGCGGGAGAAACUUAAAACGAUUCUGGGCCCUUCUUCGCUCUGCACCAUCUAUCUCUUACACAGACCUGUCCCUGCG